AUGCCAAAAACACACAAAGUCCCGACCUUCGCUCGAGCGUCACGAAACAGCGGCUUUGGAAUUGGGUACACCAGCCCGAUUAAAGCGAGAGAUGAUCGGAAGUCGCGCAUAAAAGUCAAGAACCUUGGCCACAACACGCUCGUGCGGGCUUUCCUUGCACAACUCGAGAAUCUGGAUGCCAACUCGGCAGCGCCUUCUUCCCCUGGGAGUUCCAGUCAACGACAUGACACCAAUGUCACUGUCCUGGAGGGCGACGAGGAAGUGCCCAUCGACGGCCACAGCGACGACUGGGUGGACGAAGACGACCAGAAGACAGGGCAACAUGUCGACGCGGAGUACCGACCAUACGAGCGCCCCAUUGCUGUGCCCGCUGGGCGCAGGACUCAACCACUUGGAAUGAGAUGGGAAACCCAAAUGAAGAACCUGAAGGAGCCUCUACUUCAAUAUCUUUCGCGAACCAUGGGGAAAAGAUUGGUUCACCCCUCAAAGCUGGAGUCGAACUGCCGAGUGCCGGCUGGAAAUUGUGUACGGAAAGAGCAUACGGUAGUUCUUCUCAUGCAUGACUACGACGCCCUGAGAGAGGCGGACGAGAAGAUCCAGGCCCAUAGGUGGGAGAAACAGCAGCAGACCUCCCAAAACUCGCAGGCAAUCCAUCAGCCUCGACUUUACGAAGAGCACGAAGGAACGCAGGAACGACAGGAGUGCGAUAGAGUAUUGCAGCAAGUAUGCCCUGCGUGUUUCGGGGGAAAGCCGGGUUCAUUUGGGAUGAGAUCGAGCAAAAGAAGGGGAGACUUCCACGUCGCCCUCGAUGGUAAUUUCAACCAUCGUCACAUCCGUCGUGAAGGGCAAAGCAACGAAAAAUUGUACCGACACCCCGAUUUGUACCUGACAGCGGAGUAUGUGAACGAAGUCGGCGAGCAUAUGAAGAAAGUACGCGAAGGACACCCUCGACCCCGAAUCGCCAGGGUACCCGACGAGGCGGUGGACGAAUGUGAAGACGGACACAUCGCAGGACAAGGGACCAAAGUGAAAACCAACACGCAAGUGUACGAUGAUACGGGUACGAUGGCCAUGGUCUGUAGACACGACUAUCCGCUCUUCCUCGCCAACAUCGACACUCCUGGCGAGCAGCAAAAGUAUGCUGUCGCUCUCAUCAAAAAGCUGUUCACCAUGAUCCCCCCCAACGCAACCGUGGUGGCAUUUUACGACGUUGGGUGUGUCCUUGACCGUUCCCUACAAUUGGUGAGUCUUGCGUACGGUAUCUGGCGUCAGUAUGAAAUUCUACCCGAGUCGAUCACCUCAAGAUUGGAAUUCUGCACAAGCGCGAUGCAUGCGUAUGCCCACCAGUGGGCGUGUCAACUCUACUACAACCCGCGGUUCCAGGACGGUACCGGAAACACCAACGGGGAGGGCACAGAGAGGCUAUGGGCAAUUAUGCGAAAGCUCAUCGCGAUCGCGAGAAUGUCUUCUCGCUCGCGACGUCUCUGGUUGAUAAAUCAGCUGAUGAAAUCUCAUCGAAAGGGCACCCGACAGAAUCUGGGGAAGUGGGUCAAGACUCAGCGCACGGCUAUCGCAAAGCAGAUCCCCGAGCAGCAAUCCAUCCUUCAAAAAGUCGGCAUCCCAAUUACGGAGCUCCGGUCGGAGUGGCAGGACCAGCGAGAGAAGCAACUCUCCAUUAGAGGGCACCAACCCACACGGCUGAAGCAGCAACUCGAUGAAGUCCUUCGCAUCCAGGCCGACAUUGACCGUAUCGAUGCGCGGAUCGAGGCGAUGGCCGCAACUGUCCAGAAAGCCGACGAUGACGACGACCCAUACCGCAGCAUAUUACAUAACAUGAAGGUUACAAGGCAGAACACCCUCCAGAAGAUGGAGCAACACUAUGAAUCAUUGAACGUGGGGGACGCCUACCCCGAGUUGCGCGGGAUGGACUACAACGGGCCAUCGCCCAAUUUCUCGAGUUCGAUCAACUCGAAUCAAGCCUACGGCGGGAAGGAACAACCCCUUGGCACCAAUCUCCACCAGCUCACGCGCAAGGCCAUAGAGAACCGGCAGCCCGCCCUCAUGGCUGCAAUUGAGAGAUUCAACACUCACCGAGCGCAACUUGUCAAACUUAUCAAACCCGAAUGGGGCAUUGUCCUCCCCCGUGAACUCCCGGUAAACCUCACAGAACUACGGGACCACUCCGAUCUCAUGGAGGACGUAUGGCUCACGCCCGCUACGGGGGGAGCCCCUCCUCCCAGGUGGUUAGAGAGUGUUGAUGUUCGCCGAGGCAUUCGGGCGAUGCUCACACUUGAGAGGUGCCAAGAGGAAAUCGUGCGCCUCAACCUAGAGGCUGACAACAUGUGUCGCUGGUAUGGGCGAGAGAUUGCGAGCGUCGAAGUUACAAUCAGGGAGACACCCAGCAGACCACUCAGUAGGAUACCCCAUGUCCCUUGA